AUGGGAAUGAACUCCUUGCUGCCGGAUAAAGUUUGUGCUGGGAUAUGCUUGCUGGGAUUAACAUUUCAUGAAUGCAGUCCAGAACGUUUUUCAACUUCCUCUUCAGAGUGGUUCAACAUUAUCUUCUCUCAUAUUCAGCACAUCGAUCAGACUUCAGAUGCUCCUUUUGUGAGGGUGGCUUCUUGGAUUUCGUUGUCUGCGCUGUUCACAAGGUUGGUUGGAUCUCCAACUGCAGAUAAAGAUGGAAAGACAUUAGCCAAAAAGCUUAUUCAACCAGUCUUAAAGCUAUUAAAUGAGGAGUCAUCUAAUCCUGUAUUUGAAGAGGCCAUUUGCUUGUUCUGCAGGCUAAUUAACUACUUUCCAUCUUCCGUUGGCGGUCAUUAUGAUGGUGUUGAAGCUGCGAUCUUUUCAAGAUUUAUGUCAGAGAAUGACGACACUGAUUUAUUGAAGAAACUUGGUCAUUGCUCGGUAAUGCUUCCUAAAUCGAGAGGAGAUGAGGAAAGCUGGUCACUCAUGAUGCAAAAAGUCUUGCUAUUCCUGAAUGAUCAGCUGACUCUUGCAUUUCAAGGUCUAAAAGAAGAAGAGACAUCUAAUUAUGAGGUAGUCAGGCCUUUAGUUCCACCAGGGAGGAACCCCCUGCCUCCCUUUGGAAGUCCCACAGCAUUAAAGGAACACUCAGAUCUGCCUGUUCCAGUGCCUGUACUGAUAGCUCUUGCUAAGAGAGUGUUGAUGGUUGAUGGCUCCUUCUCUCCCUCCUCUCCUUACAUUGAAUUAUCACUGCAUGUGGCUGCCAUCACAAGACUGCUAACAGAAUAUUUAAGGACGUGGUCAUUGGCAUCUGUGCCAGAAAUAAGGAUUAAGGCUUACUCGGGUUUGGAACUUUUGCUGCAUUCCAUGGGGAUGGGGUUUGCAAUAUAUGUCAUCGAGGUGGUUAUAAACAAUGCUUUCAUUGAUUUGGGUUCCUCGUUUCAUGAAAAGAGUAGUACCUGUGAUGCUGGAUUCUACGAGGCGUCAGAAAAAACAGAGCAACAACCUUUCGGCAAGAAAAGGAAACAUGCAAUUUCUACUGAUUCUGUGGAAAAGAGAUCUCGAAGAGGUGGUAUGGCAGUGGAGAGGUCCACAAAUUUGACUCCAAUCUCUGUCAGGAUUGCUGCAUUAAAGUUGUUAGAAGCACUUUUAAAUGUGGCAGGUGGGUAUAGAUCGGGGGCUUGGCGACCAAAAGUUGAUAAUCUCCUCAUAGAAGUUGCAACAGAUGCUUGCAACUGGGGAUCGAUUUAUAACAAAAGUGUUGCUCUUUGUGCUGAAGCUACUCCAAUGAGGCAAAAACUUCAAGUCGCUUCUUUACGUGCACUCAAGGCAUCACUCCUCUCUUCUCCUCAUUUUCCCCCUCCGCAUCUACCUCAAAGUCUUGAAAUUUUCCGUAAAGGUACCAGUAAAAUUGGGAGGAAGAUAUGUAAAGAGUGUUCACGUGCCCUGUUGGCCUUGGAUGUGCUCAUGCGUCCAAGAGUUCUAUCUUUGGUAGAUUGUGAUGAUGAUGUUGCCAGCGAUAAGCUUCCCGAAAUCGAUAGUCCUAGAGGGAACGAUUCCUUCCUCAUUGGAGCACAAGGAAAGCAGCUCUCUCAGCCACAUUCUGAUGAUGACUUGUUUGAGAGGUGGACUGGACAUGGUGAAACAGAAGUUGGAUUUGGAAAGGAUACAGGCACACCUUAUGUGACAUCUGGUUAUUUGCCGCCAGUUGGGAAGCUUCUGCCGAGGGAUCGUCCAUCUGAGAUUGGAGUGGAUAACCUCAGGCCUUCAGGAGCUACUGCUGCUGAUGUAAUUGGUGUAGAUGGGGAUGGCCUGAUGGUUAAAUCAAUGGCUGAUGAGACACACGAGCAGAAGGGAAAAAUGAAUUAUGUUGAAGGUCAAAAAAUUGCUUGUUACAUUGGUGAAUAA